UUUCUUUUUUGUCUUUUUUUUUUUUCAUGAAGCUCAAACACAGGUCGCCGCUGCAAUUUCGGAAUCUGCGCUUGUAUAUGGCGGACGAGACUUUCCACCGGAGGAGGAACCGCAGCACGAACCCGCGGUGCUUCGGCAGGAACCCCCGGUGCUCGGCAGGAACCGAGCCGCUCCGCACGGCCCGAGUAAAGAAAACCUUAAAAUCCACGGCCCCAUUACGCCAUUACUCUUUUCUUAAAAUGUAACGCAGCGUGUCGAGGAGGAGGAGGAGAGAGAAAAAAACCCGUCGUGGUGGGAAAUUUUUUUGGAAUUUCUCAUAACUAAUUCACAAUUUUUUUUUUUUUUUUCUCUCUCGGAGGAAGCAGUUGAGCAGCCGCCUCUGGUUCGCGGGAGGGAAGCCUUCUGGAGCGGGGAGGCUGUUUUCGCAUGAGCUGCAUCGUUUCUGGAGAAGCACAGGCUCAGAGGAGGCAGAGUCAUGAGUGCACAAGAGGCACCCAAUCCUGGGAAGGAGAAGGCGGACAGUGGGAGCGCAGCCACAGAUGGCCCCUCACCAACCUUAGCCUCAGCCACCAAGACUACGAGUCCAGGACCCGUCACAGUUAAGAAAGAGCCCGGGAUCUCCGAGACGAGCAACGGGAAAGUUGGCGAUGCCAAUCCUGCGGAGAUCUGUGUUGUUAUUGGAGGAAAUGAUGGAGGAGGAAGUGGAGGCGGAUCACGUAGAGCUCCUACCGAGGGUAUGUUUGCCCUUGGUACUCCUCCUCCAACGAAGAGCACAGACUCAUGCAUAGGUUCAUAUGUAUGUGGGGUAUGCGGGAAGAAGUACAAGUAUUACAACUGCUUCCAGACACACGUCCGGGCACACAGAGAAUCAGAGGCUAUGAUUACAGAUACUUUACCCCAGACGCCCAACAACAGCUUCCGUUACUCCUGUGACAUCUGUGGCAAGAAGUAUAAAUACUACAGCUGCUUCCAGGAGCACCGUGACCUGCAUGCAGUUGAUGGUAACAAGGAGUUUUUGGAGAAUCCUUAUGAACAGGUAGUGUUACCUGUGGAUGGCCUUAAAGAUGAGGAGCCAGUUGAACCCUACCAGAAAAUCGGUCCAAGGGAAAAAGCAAUCGCCCACCUCUGCAGAGACCGUGGGUUCAAUCGACGGCAGCGGGUGUCCCUUCAAACACAAUUGGCAGUGUUCGCAGAAACUGGGAGCUACGUUUGCGAGUUCUGUGGGAAGCAGUACAAGUACUUCAAUCCAUACCAGGAGCAUGUUGCUCUUCACACGCCGAUGGGGUCUUUUGAUAUGAAGGCAUCACGGGUACAGGAAUGUGGCAGUAUAGACAUGAGUAAAUUUGGCCACAGCCAAGCUGCCAAGAUAAAAAACAGUCCAUUCAGGCGGAAACUGGAGAGUGCGAUUCAGUCGAGUCUGGUCGACACAAACAGCUCGCAGAACUCAAGCGGAACUCCAAGCCCUCUGGUGGCCACGUCCUUCUCUACAACGCCGAAACCCUACACUUGUGGUGCCUGUGGCAUCCAGUUCCAGUUCUACAACAACCUGCUGGAGCACAUGCAGUCCCAUGCUGCUGACAAUGAGAACCACACCAAAGGGGAGUCUCCCAAAACCUCCUCAGCCACGGGUCCUCAGGAGCAGCUGUGGAGGGGUUCUCAGGCUCCGGCCCAUCCCUCAGUUAAACUACAAAUCCAGCCUCAAAGUAUCUCCCAGAGAAACCACACACUCAGCCAAAAUAAUGGACUACCUGAGAAGGAGCGACAGCAGGUGGCUGAGCGUCUUUUACGGGUAAUGUGCUCAGAUCUGAGCAUGCUAAACGUGCUUAACAGCAAGGACUUCCUGAAGUUGGCACAAACCUUCGUGGAUACGGGUGCUCGUCAUGGUGCCUACUCCACCCGUGAUGCUCUUGGCAACAUGAGUGCCUUGGCACUGCGUCAGCUGCCCCGCAUGUACAACCAAGUCAAAGUCAAGGUCACGUGUGCCCUAGGCUCCAACUCCUCACUCGGCAUCGCAGUCACCUGCCACGCCCAGACAUCUGGACCAGAUGCUUGCUUUGUUCUCACAGCCUACCAGGUGGAGGGGUCAAGACUGAAGCGCUAUGUGCUCGGUGUAAGGGAGGCCGAGCUUAGGGAGGGGCCUGAGCAGAUUCACCACUGGGUCCAGAAUGUGCUCUCAGAGUUCGUCAUGUCAGACAUUCGCACUGUGUAUGUCUCGGAGCCCCGGGUGUGGGCAGCAGGAUUUGCGGGAUCACCUCUGGGUGGCGGUGGCCGGGGGAGGAUAUGCCUGCGAUGCGCGGGGUGUUCACUCGGUGCUGUUGUCCAGGCUGUCCUCGGGAAGCGCAGCCUCCAGGCUCGAGGUCUUCAUGAGUUGGCCGAGCUUCUAUCAACUUGCAGAGAUAUCGCGUCCUCCACCACACUGGCUCUCCGUGAGGAACAGUUCAACAACACAUCCACAAGCACAGCUGAUGAAGGUUCACAGGGCAGCGCCGCACAGUGCCCCACUCCUCCUUGCUGGGAUCGCAUGGCUGAAGCUCUUCUGCAGGUCCAUGUCCACUUUGAACAGGUCUGUGAGGCUUAUGGACGCAGCAAGUCCACGGCUCCCCUGCUCCAAGGUCUCAACAAGCAUCUCCUCGGCACGCUGGCUUGUCUGUUGGCCCCUCUGCGCCUGGCAGCUCUGGAGCUGAGCAGCCAGAGGAGACCAACCUUACAGCAGGUGCUGCCCGUCUACCUUCGCCUGGAGAAGUUUUUCACAUCUAAAGCAGGGGAGGCUGGGACUGGCACGGCUAGCAAACUCUGCCACUACUUCCUAGAAGCACUAAAGGAAAACUUUAAGGUUGAACGCGCUCACCAGGUCGCCAUGAUCCUGGACCCACAAAUCAAGCUACGUUCAGUGCCAGCCUACCAGCAUGAAGACAUAAUCUCCCGUGCGUGCGAAAUGGCUACUGAAACCAGGGAUGGAGGUAUGACAGGUGGUGGAGGUUCGGGUGGUGAAGAUCGGGAAACUGAUGGCCCACCAACCCCUAAAAUAAGCCGCAUAGAGGGAGGUGGAAGCAAUGGCGGCACCUCAAGGAGGACGCCCUCAUGCACGGUGUCUGGUAAUGAUGAGGGUCAGAGCCAAGUUAGACAAGAGAUUUUUCAGUACCUGGCUGAGCCUCUUCUCCAAGGCACACCCGAUCUCCUCCAGUACUGGAGCUCAGCAGUGGGCGACAAGUUUCCCAGGCUCUCUCGCCUGGCACUGUGGCUCCUCGCCGUUCCUGCUGUGGGCAUACGGGGCGAGUGUGUGACCGUGUGUGAGCAGAGCCUGGCCAUGAAGAGGAGGCAGCAGGUAACCACUGAGGAAAUGAACAAACUCAUUUUCCUUCGCUCCAACAUGGGCUAGAAGAGAAAACCCAACCUACCCUUAUCAACCAAACGUUCACCUCCAACAAAUGACUCAAGACUAUUAUUUAUAUACUGUAGGUUUAGACCAACUGUAAGCUUCAAUGUGUAUGGACAUUAAAUACAGAUAUUUACAGGAAAACUCACAUUGUAUAGGUCGCAAACACCCAUAAAACAGCUUAUUACAUAUUUUAUAUGGAGAAAGGACUGUUGAAAAGUACUGUGGAGAAAAUGUAGGGGUGGAACGUUCACUCUCAAAAGAUCGUCCCGUUUGGUAGCCAUCCUCGGUUUGGGAAGCACAUGUCAGCAGGAUGAGUUUUGUUUUUUUCUCUCGGCCAGUAAAUAGAAUUCCUCCAGCUUAACGACUUAACUGCUUCAAGGCUAUGAUGCUGUUAUUCCCACUGGAUGGCAACAUUUUCAGGUAAAAUCUGCUCUCACUGCUUGAAGCUACUGUCAUAGACCUCUGAAAACACAGUCAUUUAUCAAAGACAUUAGCAGUAAAUACUGUAGCAUGUACAGUAUGUUGUAUAGUAAUUGUUUUCAUUGGUGUAUGACAGAAAAACAAAUCAAGUGGUGAGUCUUCACUGCCAUUGUAUCUCUGACAAUUAAACCAGGUUUAUGAUUUACUGUUCCACGGGAGAUCUGAGCUAAAUCAUUACAACUAAUUUGGUGGUUGCACCAGUGGUCGCUAAAUGUAGCUGCAGAUCAUUUACAUGCAUAUUUCAACCAGACGGGUAAAAAAAAUCCAGCUGAUCAAACAUGGAUUCUGAUAUGAAGCCUUCCUCCUUGUUUAUGAUACUAAUAGUGAGGAAGUCAUGAAAUGGUUUGACUUCUUUCUAUCUUGGAUGAGGUCAAACCUAACGCCAGGGCCACACUGUCCAUGUGAGCCGAGCUGCUCCUCUAGAAAGUCGGGGUCUCGCCUAUUUUCUCCAUAUGCUGCUCCGUAUCCUACCUUGCUAAGUUUCUAUUGACUUAAUCCAUUAAUUUGUUUAUCAUUUAUUUGAGAACACAGGCCUUCUUCUAUUCGAGGAAAUGUAGUAGUAAUAUUAGAAACCUCACGCAGCAGCUCUGCAGCAGAAAUGCUCCCUGUGUGAUCGGACACGCGUGAGACACAGCCCUCGUGUGGCCCGGGCUUAAAGCAGAAGUCAAACUGUCACACUUCCAGUGGUUAACUUGUGCUCAUGACACAAAGAGGGCAGCCUUGUAUCAGAAUCUUUUUGUGGUCAGCAUUCACACUGAUUUCAUUCAGCCUUACGAUUAAUUACCUUAGCAGGAUUGCACCAACAAGGAAUUAAAGAAACAUACUGAAUAGAUAAAUCUUAUAUUAUCCUUUUUAAUACUUGAUGGUACAGUCCAGCCUGCAUGUCAGUAAAUACACAGAAAUAACAUGUUGAUGACAUUUAGACUCAUUUGAUGAUAUUUUCCAGUGCUGGUCAGUCAGUUCUGUGAAAACACAAAAACAGCUGUGUCUUUACGUUGCAUUUAAACACCUCUGUCUGCAUUAGCCUUCAGUUAAAGCUUCUAGACAAGUGGUCGACCACUGUGCAUGCGCAUGUCCAAUUGUGUAUCUGUUUUCAAAGCUCAAUUGGAAAACAUUUCCACAGGAAAGACAUGAUAGCUAUUUUAUUUAUUAUCCUUUCCUCAUUCUUCACUCUAAAAUAAACAUUGUCUUCCUUAUGUGAGCCACACAUUUCCAUUUCUGUAAGGCAAUAAGCUUUAUCCUAGGGCAUAGUUUCUGACUUUCUCUAUUGAAAUUGACUGUUGUCAUGAUGCUCCCACACUUUAUUAUUAUUAACAGUAUAUAUUAUUUUUCUCUUCGUGAAAUCAACAGGAUUUUCUCAGGAAGGAGUGCACCCAAGCAGGCACCGCCACUUUUUCCUCACUGAACCUAAAACAUGUCCUCACUGAACCUAAAACACACCAAACUGUGACCUCAAUGCCGAGGCAUGUACUGAACCGUGACUUUCUGCGAAACGUUCCACCCCCGAUGCAGUUGGUGCCAUUUGCAACAAGCGCAAAAGAAAAAAAAAAUCUGUUUAUGAGAAUCUAUUUCUUUCAGGACGAAACACACUCUGACAGUGCAUUCAUUAAAGUCGCCACAUGCAUACUGAUGAAGUCAAGUUAUUUAUUUUUUUAUGGAUUCUAGAAAUACAUUUACACGAGCUAAUACCUCCUAAAAAUGACUUGGGUGAAUGGAAGUUAUACUGUAACGUGUGUUUGUUGCCUCUGGUACUAAUCAAGUCAAAUACUAUUGUCAUUUAUGUUUUUUGGGCCUUAAGUCUCUUUUCAUGUGAUCACCUGAAAUCCCUCGAGUCAGAGCCGACAUCAUGCCUUUAUAUUGCUGUUCAAUGGCCUUCUUUUCACCAUCUUUUCUAAAGCUUGUAGUUUUUUGUUCAUCACUCCUGUCGACUUCUAAGGGACUUCUGGUUGAUAGUAGGAAACAAUGUCCUCUGGUGGUCAAAUGUGGACUUUUUAAUCACGGUGGGCAACUGUGGUAUUUGAAAAGUGCUUUGUCCCAGUGUUCCCAACUUUUCAAAAGGUUGAACUAACGGAGCAUGUUUGCUUUUACAACAACCUCUCAGUUUGUAAAACAGGUCAUCAGGUCAUGAAUCAUUCAGAACAUGAACACACACAAGCACAAGUAUCUACUGUUAAAACGUGUAAUGAAAUGACUCAGUCACAUUUGCAGGUCUACACCUCAAUAUUUCUAUUUAGUUUAUUUUUUUGCAGAGGCUAUAUCACCUACUCCCGAUUUGAAUAAAAGAUAGUUAAUAGUCACACAUCAAACUACAGUGAGAUGUGAAUGGUUGAAUUAAAAAGAAGCCAAGGACAGAUCGGUCUCACUAAAACAAGAAUCUUUUUUUUAAUCCACCUAAAUACGACUGUGGGUUUAUAUUUACUUUUAUACGAUUUGAAAUUCUAAAACUUUAAUUAGAAAAUGCAUACAAGGUUAAAUGAUGCAAAACAAUCAGUAGUGAAUGGCUCUGCAUUGCACACAUUUCACAACUACAUGAUUUCUAAUAGAACUGUACUGUAGCCUCCCUUUACCUCUGUUAACAACUCUAGUGUUUUAUAAAUCGUUUUCUCACGUCAAUUUUUAUUUUGAAGUGUCAGAUUUGUUUUCUCUCACAUUUUUUUGGUUCUCAAAAACAAUGAAUUAUUGUGUCUGGGUUGAUUUUGAUCAUCAACGAUUAUAACACAUCGUAUCUGUUUUUCCUUUUGGUUCAGUGUGACCCAGACAUGCAUCACUGCAUUGUGAUCAUUUGCGUUUGCUAAAUCAAUAUGUAUCCUGCUGUUUUCAGUCUGAUUUAUGUCACACGAUUAUAUUUUGGUAGAAAAACAAACACUUGCUGUAAAUUCUAUUUUACAUUUUAUUUGAUUUUUAAGUACCAGUCUAAUGUUUUACCUCAGUACUCAGAAAGGUAAUGUUGUAACUUAGUGAUCGGAAAAUCAGUUGUUCAUACAUAAAUUAGAUUUGGUCAAGGAAAUAGUCGAAAUACUGUACGUUGGUUUUGCGGUUUUAGCGGCGAUCCUCGAUUGAACCGAUGAAGGGAUUUUUCUUACAGUUUUUAAAAUAAGUAUUUUAAAUAGGAUAUGCUCUGGGACAAAAUGCCAUUGUUGACGUAAUGAUGUCAACUUGAUUUUGCUUAGAAAUAACACUCUUCUUUUGUUGAUUUAAAUGAGAAUUAUAUCUAAGAUAUGCAUGCUUUUAAUAAGAUAUAUAAAGUUAUAAGCCAGUGUUUCUCAUCAGAUGGAAGUGAUUCGUGGUGUUCAGACGGUCGUUCAGAGCGAGAAAAGCAAACGCAGACUGGAUUUGAACCUUUCGAGGUGGGAGUAGCGAUGAUGAUCAUGGGUUGAUGUUCAUGGGCUUGACAUCAUCCAUUUUCAGAGGAUGUACUAUGUAAAUACAAGAGAACUGCUGUUUUUAUGCCACAAGGGGGCGCCUUCAUUUCAGAGCUACAGUAGGGAGCACCAAUAACAUUAUACCUCUUUUUUCUACAGUAGCAUUUCAAAAAGGUUUUGAUAUAAUAUAAAACUCAACUUAGAUACUGUUACUAGACAAACUGAGAUCAGCUGUAAGUUUUAUUUUGUUUCAGGAUUUUAACUUAUUCAGAUAAUACAAGUUCCAGUUGUAACAUAUGGUAUGAGGAUGCUAACAUGGAGAUCUGUUUUAACAAUGGAUUAUAGUCUGUAUUAUCAAUUCAGGUUAAGAAAACUAGUGUUGCUUUCAUCCUAUUUAAACAAGCAUUUCUUCCUUUUAUACUCUGCUAAGAUGCAAAAAAAAUGUGUUUGAUUCUCUUCAGUUUGUCUUUUUUAUCGCACUUUGGCAGCAGAUUCCUGUGUAGAUUCUGAUCUGAGUUGUCUUAUUAUUAGUAAGCCUAAUUUAUACUUUUGUAGCAACACUAUUUUUAUAUAAUGGCAAAGAAAGGGUUCCGUGUCUUUUUGUUUUUCCUGCUUUAUUUUUUAUUUUUCCUGUGUCAUAUAUGGCAGCGCUGUUCAAUGUUUCUUGAAUACAUUACCCACUGUAGUAUGUGAUGUGUGAAUAAACUCCAAAUCUGUGUCAA